ACGAAGUCAACGCGGACGACAAUCGAUUUUCUGGCCGCGAGCGCGACAAUCGCGCAGCAAGAGACCCUUGGCCAUCUCACCUCAUCUCAUCUCAUCUCAUCAACCCUCCGUUUGUUUUAUCCUAUCAUCCAUCUCACUUGCGCCCUCCUCCUCGUGUUGUCUCGCCUCGUCCUGAAAACGUCCCGGUCUCAGAUGGACAACAUUGCGUCACAUCACACCAUCUCCCUCUCCUGCUACUAGAUCUUCCUCCACCAGAGAAGACAAGCCGCCGCUGCCAUUGUCGACUACGACGACAAUGAUGCAGCAGCAGGCUGGAAGAUCGUCAGGGCCCUUUACUGGGCAUGGCCACCAGUACCAGCAUCAGCAUCAGCAUCAACAACAGCCGCGAUACGGAGAGACGUCUAUCAGUGGUGCAGGAGCCUAUCAGGGCAGCUCGGCCAAGUCAUCGCCUGAUCAUUCGCGAGGAGGCGACGAUUCCCUCGAUGAGCCUGGCAAGAAGCGACAGAGAAUACAGCAGGCGUGCAAGAGCUGCGGACUCAAGCGUGUCAAGUGCGACGGGCAACUACCCUGCAUCACCUGCGUCCGUACCGGAGAGCACUGCGAAUAUGGCCAACCAAAGAAGCGUGGACCACCGAAGGGCUCCACAAGAGGUCCCAACAAGAAUGCCAAUUCCAGGCAAAGGCCAGAGGAUGGAACGACUGGGCACGAUAUCGCAGCGCCGCCGCCGCCUUCUAUGUCGUCGAACAAUCCCAACUCGCCGCGAUCGAGAACCACAACUGGCGGCUCGAGCAUGCAGCAUGCUGGCCCACCGCCUCCGCCGCUUCCCUUUGGAUUCCCCUCCAACCAACCACAGCCACACUCGUACCCACCAUUCGCAGCCCAGCCUCCGCAGCCUCCGCAGCAAGAUCUACGCAGCAACAUGAAUGCAGCAGGCCCCUUCCCAGUCCACAAUCCCAACGCAUACCCACCUUCAUACCCGCCCCUUCAGCAGUACGGCAAUGGCUAUCCACCGCCCUCACCGCGUCAGCUGCUCCCUCCGGCUCCUCCGCCCCCGCCUCUGCUGCCAAUGCCGCCCGUGCCGCCCCAACAACAGCAAGGCGCCUCCUCGCCUUUCCCUCCCCCGCCAUCUGCAGCCAGACAUAUGCCAAGCGGGUCGCUACCCCCCGUCGACCUGCAGAGAGGGUCCUUCAUGGCUAUUCCGGACGUCUCUGGUGGUCCAACACGGCCGCGUUUCCGUGGUGGGACGUCGGGGAUACUUGACUUUGGGCGACAGCGCUCGCACAACAUCCUCGACUCGCCUUCGGGUCUCGACUCCGGUGGGCCCUACUCCGGCUCGACAUCGCCUUCCUCCUUUGCGCUGAGCGUCCGACCAGGCAUGGCAGGAAGCGGCGCCGGCGGCGGCGAGCAACCUCCUCGCGGCAUCAUUUCGCGAACGGCAUCUCACGCACGCGCUCUCAGUCGUAGACCGUCAGAAGCAAUCGCCCAAUCACUUCUCGACAAGAAUAGCGAGUCGACCCGCCUGCUCCGCUAUCCUGAAGUGCCAGACGCCGUCGAAGCGACCAUCUGGUCCAUCUGGUGGCAGAUCAUCUCCUGUCACUGGCCGCUACUCCUUCGCGAGUCAUUACCCCUCUUCAAUGGCCAGCCACGCGUUGACAAGGAGCGCCAUCCGCUCCUCUACAACGCUGCAAUGGCCCUCGCCUCCAAGAUUUGGGACGCCGAACGCGAUGGCCCACUUCCAUCCAUCCCGGACGAUGCAGGCGGCCUGCUGACAGUCGAGAAGCUCACGGACCUCUAUGCGCUGCGCACGCGACAUUGGCUGUUGCGCGCGGACAACGAGUCUACGGUGGAAGCUGCCCAAGCAAUGGUGCUCAUGUCGCUACGAGAGAACGGCGAUGGUCGAUCAAGCAGCAGUGCUCAAUACGCCAUGUCCGCCUGUCGCGUCGCCCUCGACAUAGGCCUUCAUCGUGACCUACGUUCGCGCGGCCUCCCCGCCGAUGAGUGGCAAGCGCGUCUGCGCCUCUGGUGGUGCAUCUACAUCCUCGACAAGACCAACUCGGCCAUGCUUGGUCGUCCCUGCGUGCUGCGCUUCGCAGAGUCGGACGCGCCCUUCUUCGACGUCGACGGGCCAGAGGAAUUUGUACCCUGGAUCUCGGCCUCCAACUCGCCCGCAGCGCAAUGCCUCUCUGGUCAGCCCGGUCGCUGUCUUUCCCAUCUCCUGGCAGGCAGCACCCUCGCGACGGUCUGCGAGGAGAUCUUCGCACAGUACAACGUCGUCCGACCAGGGUACGAACGCGGUGCUGGCCUUCUGUCAGGGCAGGGGCAACAGCAGGCCGCAUCGUGGGAAGUCACCCUCGCAGCCCUCCACGCCCGCCUUGAAGAAUGGCAACGCUCCCUCCCCUCUCAUCUGCGCGUGGUAGGGGAUCGCCCAGUCUUCCAGCACGUCCUAGUCCAGCAGAUGUGGUUCCACGCCAUCCGCGUCCUCGCCUACAGGCCACACAUGCUCAAGCAACCUUCCCCCAAGUCAGGGCUGCCCAACCCGCACGGCGCUUGCACGGAGAGUGCGAGUGAGAUUGCGCGCUUGAUCUCGUUGUACAAGUCGCAGCACGGUUUCAAGAAGUUGAGCACCACGAUCAUCUAUUGCGUCUUUACUGCUGCGACUAUCCUAUUGGGGAAUACGACGAGUAAGGAGGUGGAGCAGGCUCAGGCUGCUAAGAUGCGGUUGAAGGAGCUGAUUGAUCAUCUCGGGGUGAUGAGCGGGACGUGGACUAGUGCGAGGCUGCAGUUGACUAUUUUGAGGCACUUGGGGGAGUGUCUGGAGGCGGAUCUGCAGGGCACGGGGCUGGAGAGGGUGAGCGAGGGGCAGCAGCACCAGCAGCAGCAGCAGCAACAUCAGGCGAUGUCUCAAGAGCAGGCUGGUAGCGGUGGUAUGCCUGGCGGCAUCAUGUCUGCCAUGGACUUUAGCAGCGGGGUAGGAGGCAGCGGGAGCAGCAACAACAACAUCGACGGCUUCGCAGCAUCAACGACAAACAACCCAAACAUACCCAAUUACCUCCCAUCUGUCGACCAGAAUGCCGUUGGUGGCGGUCCGCUCAACAGUGGUCCGGGACCCUUCAUCAACGGCGGCGCUGGGCCCACAGACCUUUCCUCCGUAUCCCUCCUGGCCGACAUAGCCAACGACGUCAGUGCGGCGCGUUCCGUCCUUCCCGAGCAGCAGCUCUUCGAGAUCAACGACGCCAACUAUUGGUCUCAGAUGCCGCUGAGCUCGGAGAAUGGCGAAGCGUGGGCCAUGUUCACGCAGCGCUACCUGGACUCCUUGAAUUCAGCUACGACGGCUGCUGCGAGUGCUGGAGCGGUCGUUGGCGGGGGAAGAGGGGUGCAGCAGCAGGGCCAGCCCCAGAGGUGACACCGCUGGGAGGAGAAGUGACUCAAGAAGAUAUAGACCCAUCAACACAAGCUCAUGUAUCCUCUAUUUUGUAGCUCGCACUUUGCACAACGAUGCGCACGAUGAAAGAUUUCUUCGCAGCAGC